AUUAUUAUUUAUAAUUCUUUUCUAUAUCGAGAGUUUGUGGAGUAGUACGGACAUGGACUAAAAUACAAUUUUAUCGGCAGUGUUGGAACCACGGACGUGGUCACGUAGUACCAAUAUCGAAAAUGGACGUACUGGCGGUAGUGUACAGGGGGUUUUGACGGUCCCACGAAAAAGAAAUGAAGCACGCAUCGAUGCAGUCGAGCUUAUCCUUAGUUGCUGUGAAAAUCAUGUAUAUCAUUAAUGGAUUUGAGGCACUCUUAUUAUUAUUAUUAGUAUUCCCAAAACAAAACUUGGUUUGACAUAUUACAUGACACACGUUUGGUGAUACUGUGCAAACAUAAUGGAAACGGAGGAUCAGAUAGAUUUUUGGUUUGAACAUUAUUCUAAAGAAAAUGAUAAUGAGAUGAAAUGUAAAUAUUGUAAUAAAAUUUAUAAACAAAAAGAAAUAACAUCACAUAUGAAACUACAUUUACGUGAACAUGGCAUAUUUAUUUAUGACGAAAAAUUCUGGAUACGAUGUAAAAAUAAGUUUAACUUGAUAUGGCAAUAUUAUUCAAGAAAAAGUAAUUACAAUGCAAAAUGCAAAAGUUGUGGAGAAUUGAUAGCACAUGCAUAUAUUGUGGCACACUUAGAAAACCAUUUAUUCUCAAAACAUUCAGAAGAAGUAACAAAGAUACAAAAAACAAUUACAGAUGCUUGGUUAUCACAAUAUUUCAAAUUUAAUGGAAAAGAUUGUAUGACAAAAUGCGUUCAUUGUAAACGCAAAAUGUCAAUAUUUAUUGGUAUAGAUGAGUUAGCAAAUCACUUGCAAAUAUAUCACAAUAUAAGUGAGAAUUCAAAAAAUGACGAAAGAAGUGAAAAUGGUAGCGAAGUGAAUACAGUGUUAUCAAAAAAGCGUCAUUGGGCAUGGAAAUAUUAUGUACUCGAUAAAAAUGUCACAAAAUGCAAAUGUUGUAAUAAAGUAUAUAAAAGUAAAGAAAUAACUAUAAGUAUGAAAGAACAUUUAUAUCGUGUUCAUGAAAUAUUUACUGGCGACGACUGGGAAAAAUUUGAAACACAUACUUAUGUAGUUUGGCGAUAUUACUCUAAAGAAAAAGGAUAUAAUGCAAAAUGCAGACUUUGUGAUAAAUUGUUAAAACAUGCAUAUAAUAUGACAAAUUUAGAACGUCAUUUGAUCCGAUUUCAUAACGAGACAAUAAAGAAAAUACAAAAAACAAUUAAAUGUACCUGGCUAUCACAAUAUUUCAAAUUCAAUGCACAUAAUGUAAAAUGCAUUUGUUGCAUAAAUUGCAAGCAUAAAUUGCAAUUUUGUAAGCCAAAAUUGACACUAUUUCAUGGAAUAAAUGGCUUAGCGAAACAUUUGCAAAUAUUUCAUGCUAUAAAUGAAAAUAUGGAACCUAAUGAAGGAAAUGAAGAAAAUGAAGAAAUUGAUGCAAAUGUAAUGACACAACAGUUAACAAAUAAAAACAAUGAAAAGGAUAAUGCAAUAGAAAAUGAAGAAACACAACCACGAUUUUCUUACGAAGAAACUCAAAAUGCGGAAAUCGUGAAUAUUUCAAAACAGACAGAUUUGCAAACUGAGAAUGUAUCAAACAAUUUUGCCUCAGAUGUUUCAACAUUUCAUGAUAAACAUGAAUAUUUAGGUACUAAUGAAGGAGUUCAAGAAUCUACUGUGAAUAUACUUGCACAACAAUCGAUAGAUGAAGAGAAUAAUACAUGUACAAUUUUUUAUCAGGUUGGUACACAUUCAGAGGCUGUAGAAAAUGAAAAAAAUCAAGAGUCAUAUUACAAUGCAGUUCCACAUCAACAAACAAUAACAGUGGAUACUUCAAACAAGACGUUCCAAACUGAUACAUUAAAUAAUGAUAUUUCGGUCACAGAUACUUUAGUACCUCAUCAUAUAAAUGUGUAUUUAAAAACUAAUGAAGAAACUGGAGAAAAUAUCACACAAGUGCAACAAUCGAUAGACGAAGAGAAUAACCCAAAUAUAAAUAUAAAUAAUACUUAUCAAAUGGGUACGCAUUUACAGACUAUGGAAAGUGAAAAUAAUCAAGGGUCGUAUUACAAUGUAAUUCCAUAUCAACAAAUAAUGACGUUGAAUAUUUCGAACCAAAUAUUACAAACUGAUAAUACACCAAGUAAUGAUGUUUCUUUCACGAAUGCUUUAGCAACUCAUAAUAUAAAUAAAUGUUUAGGAACUAAUGAAGAAGCUGGAGAAAAUAUUAUAGGUGUACAGAUACAACAAUCGAUAGAUGAAGAGAAUAACACAAACACAAAUUCUUAUCAAGUCAGUACGCAAAUCGCAAAAAGUGAAGAAAAUCAAAGAUCGUAUUAUGAAACAGUUCCACAUCAGCAAACAAUGACAUUGAAUACUUUCAAUGAGACGUUGCAAAAUGAUAAUACAUCAAAUAAUGAAAUUUCUGUGACGGAUACCUUAGUAUUUUAUAGUACAAAUGAAUAUACAAAAACUGAUAAGGAAAUUAAAGAAAAUACCAUGGAUAUACAGAUGCAACAAUCGGUAAAUAAAGAGAAUAAUGCAAGUACAGAUACUUAUGAGGUUAAUUCACAUUCGCAGACUACGGAAAACGAAGGAAGUCAAUGGUUGUAUUACAAUGCAGUUCCAUAUCAGCAAGCAGUAAUAUUGGAUACUUCGAACCAAACAUUGCAAACUAAUGAAAAUGCAGAAAAUGCGGAUAUACGGAUACAACAAUCGAUAGAUGAAAAAAAUAACGCAAGCAUAAAUACUUAUCAGGUCGGUUUGCAUGCACAAACCGCAGAAAGCAAAGGAGGUGAAUGGUAA